UUUCCGCUGAACUGUAGCCAUUUGGCACGCUAGCUAGUGAAAACAAUGCUGGAUGGAGUGUAAUGUAACAUUCAUGCAGCAUUUUUGCACUAAAUAUUAUCUCUAAAUUAUACUCGACUGUAUUCAGUUGCUUCGUACAUUAUGGAGGUAGAAAACAGACCCAAAAAGAGAAACAGUGAGGAGAGGUCAGCAUCAGAAGGUUCAGAGGAUGACGACUAUGUGCCGUAUGUUCCUGUUAAGAUCAGAAAACAGCAGAUGCUCCAGAAAGUGAAGCGUUUCCGUGGGAAAGCGCUUACAGAAGAGGAACAGAAAGACAGUGGAGGAGAACAGAAAGAUGAAGAUGAGGGUCUUGGACCACGAUCCAACGUCAGUCUGCUGGACCAGCACCAACACCUCAAGGAGAAAGCUGAAGCACGAAAGGAGUCAGCUAAGGAGAAACAGUUGAAAGAGGAGGAAAAGAUUCUGGAGAGCGUGGCUGAAGGCAGAGCUUUGAUGUCUGUGAAGGAAAUGGCCAAAGGUAUCACAUACGAAGACCCAAUUAAAACAAGUUGGAAAGCACCUCGUUACAUUCUCGGCAUGCCACCAGCGCGACACGAGCGUGUUCGGAAGAAGUACCAUAUUCUCGUGGAGGGUGAAGGUAUUCCACCUCCAAUCAAGAGCUUCAGAGAGAUGAAGUUACCUCAGGCCAUUCUGAAAGGACUGAAGAAGAAAGGAAUCGUUCACCCGACACCCAUUCAGAUUCAGGGGAUCCCAACCAUUCUCUCAGGCAGGGACAUGAUUGGCAUUGCCUUCACUGGCUCAGGGAAGACCCUUGUGUUCACAUUGCCCAUCAUCAUGUUUUGUCUGGAGCAGGAGAAACGGCUGCCCUUCUGUAAGAGAGAGGGACCCUACGGGCUCAUCAUCUGCCCUUCUAGGGAGCUGGCGAGGCAGACCCAUAGUGUAAUUGAAUACUACUGUAAACUGCUGGAGGAUGAGGGGGCACCUCAGAUGCGCUGUGCUCUAUGUAUUGGGGGCAUGUCUGUUAAAGAACAAAUGGAGGUGGUUAAACGUGGGGUGCACAUGAUGGUGGCCACUCCAGGCAGACUGAUGGACCUGCUGAACAAGAAGAUGGUGAGUCUGGACAUCUGCCGUUAUCUGGCUCUGGACGAGGCAGACAGGAUGAUUGAUAUGGGUUUUGAGGAGGACAUCAGGACCAUCUUCUCUUAUUUUAAGGGUCAGAGACAAACGCUGCUCUUCAGUGCCACUAUGCCCAAGAAGAUCCAGAACUUUGCCAAAAGUGCCUUAGUUAAACCCAUUACAAUUAAUGUGGGCAGAGCUGGAGCUGCAAGCUUGGAUGUCAUCCAGGAAGUGGAGUAUGUCAAAGAAGAGGCUAAAAUGGUUUAUCUCCUGGAGUGUCUCCAGAAGACUCCACCUCCAGUAUUAAUAUUUGCAGAGAAGAAAGCAGAUGUGGAUGCCAUACAUGAGUAUCUUCUGCUGAAAGGUGUGGAGGCAGUGGCUAUACAUGGAGGAAAAGACCAGGAAGAGAGAACGAAAGCCAUUGAGGCAUUCAAAGAGGGAAAGAAAGACGUCUUGGUGGCUACAGAUGUUGCUUCGAAGGGUCUGGAUUUCCCAGCUAUCCAGCACGUGGUCAAUUAUGACAUGCCAGAGGAGAUUGAGAACUACGUCCACAGAAUAGGCAGAACAGGUAGAUCCGGUAAGACUGGGAUAGCCACAACGUUUAUCAACAAAGGAUGUGAUGAGUCAGUGCUGAUGGAUCUGAAAGCUCUGCUCGUUGAAGCCAAACAGAAGGUUCCUCCUGUACUUCAGGUCCUCCAAACGGGAGACGAGACAAUGCUGGAUAUUGGAGGAGAGAGAGGCUGUACAUUUUGUGGUGGUUUGGGCCACAGGAUCACAGAUUGUCCCAAAUUGGAGGCCAUGCAGACAAAACAGGUCACCAACAUCGGCCGCAAAGACUACUUGGCCAACAGCUCCAUGGAUUUCUAAUACUGUCUGCUUCUUUGCUAUCACAUAUUUCCUCAAGAGAGGCUCGUGUCAUGUCUUACAUUAUAUUGUACAGAAAUUGAUUGUUCUAGGAACUGUGUACAUUUGCUUUUCAUUGAUUUCAGUUAAAUUGUCCGCAAUGGAAGAAAGGUGCCCUGAGUUGUUCCUUGCAGGUUACUCAGCCUCACAGUCGCUGCUGCCUGCCAGGAAAAAUUCCUGGCAGUUUUGUACAAUGGGCUAUAUUGUCAUGGGACAGACUAGUAUUUUUGUUGUUACAAAGUAGUCAAAAAAAUACAGCUUUGUUUAACUAAAGUAAAUUUUACAUUUUAAUUUCCCAAAUGGAGUUUUUAGUAGAUGGUUUUGCCUCAUACUGAUGUCCUUUAUGUAAUAAUGUACUGAUUCUGUAAUGUUACAAAAUUUGUAUUGCAUUUAUGCAUGUUUUGAUUGCUUAUUUGCUACACUUUAGCUGUAAAUAAAUGGUGAAC